UGCAAAGUCAUGGUGCUCUGAUGCUCUUGUUCACAGUUACGGACUUAAAAAAAAAACGGCUCAUGUCAACGUAAAGGUUUCUGGGCGUGAUUUUUUCCAACUCCAUCUGAAGACCCGGAACCGAAGAUGAACUGGGCAUCAUUUUAUGCUGUUAUCAGUGGUGUAAACAGACACUCUACAGGAAUUGGUCGCAUCUGGCUCUCUGUGCUAUUCAUUUUCCGCAUCCUGGUGCUGGUGGUUGCAGCAGAGAGCGUGUGGGGCGAUGAAAAGUCGGGCUUCACCUGCAACACCCAGCAGCCUGGCUGCAACAGCGUCUGUUACGACCACUUCUUCCCAAUCUCCCACAUCCGCCUGUGGGCUCUGCAGCUCAUCCUGGUCUCCACUCCAGCCCUGCUGGUGGCAAUGCAUGUGGCCCACCGCCGCCACGUCGACAAGAAGCUCUACAAACUGAGUGGCCGGGCCAGCCCCAAAGACCUGGAGCAGAUCAAGACCCAAAAGAUGAAAAUUACAGGUGCUCUGUGGUGGACAUACGUCAUCAGCCUGUUCUUCCGCAUCGUCUUUGAAGUCACCUUUAUGUAUGUGUUUUACAUGAUCUACCCAGGAUACAAGAUGAUUCGGCUGGUGAAGUGUGACUCAUACCCCUGCCCCAACACAGUGGACUGCUUUGUGUCAAGACCCACAGAGAAGACGGUCUUCACCGUCUUCAUGCUGGCUGUGUCAGGGGUUUGCAUUCUGCUCAACGUUGCAGAGGUGGUCUUCCUAGUGGGGAAGGCCUGCAGUAAGCAUUUGCACAAUGCUGGAGACUCAACCAUGGGGGCUUGGAUCGCACAAAAGCUCUGCUCUUACUAACAAAGACAUGGAUUUCAUUCUGGCACAAAGGGACAUUGAAGUGCCAGCUAUGAGAGUAAUGGCCAUAGAUCCAGGUAACAUCCAUUAAUUCAGCUUGAGGGGAGUUUUAACUUUGGGAUGAAGUAGCUUUCCGUUGUAGGUUGUACAAUAAAUCCAGUAAAAUUGGACAUAAUUAAUCCCAGCUCGUCAUCUCCACUCAGUGAAAAGCCCAUUCACUGGCAAUGGAUGGGAGGAAAUGAAACAUUAAAUGAUGAAUUUCUUCAAACACUGGUGAACUGGUUCAAAAGACCCACCCAUUUUUAUUUAUUUAUUUAUUUUUAUUUUCCUCUAAGCUACUCUACACAUUUCCAAGCGUGCAAAAAACUAAAACUCUACGAACUGCUUGUACCAAACUUCAGGUGAAACCUAAAAAAAAUCUUUUAGGAAAUAUGCAUCAAUUAGUUAUAUGCUAUGCCAUUGUUUGGAUAUUGAAAACCCAAACACUGUACUGUACGUUGUACUGAAAUAGUAUUAUUUCUUGAUUUUUGGCAAAAUAAUGAAUUAGUAACUUUUCUGAUGCAAUAUUUUGGCCUACCAUAAAUUUGUCUUGCAGAAUACCAUCAACUUAUACUGGUUAACCUACUGUAUAUUGUAAUGAAGAAAAUAUUUUCAUUAUCAAGACAUGAGAAACAGGUAUCCAACUGGAAAAUGUGAUUUUUGGUUAUUAUCAUAUACUAUUUGUUAUUCAUGGAUUACACGAGGCCAAGAUAAAAGUGAAAAUAUGUUACAUUAAAGUCUGUCAUGCUUACAUGUUAUUUUAAAUACAGUGCGCAAUAAUAUUUCUAGCAAUUUGUCUUAUUAUUUACAUUAUAUGUUAUAUUAAAUGCCUUGCAUUUGCCUGAAUUGCAACACAUUUAAUCUAACAGACUGGAAUCCUAUCUGUAUUCACGGCCUCUCUUCCAAUGUUUUUACUGAGAUGUAACUCUGCCACACAAAUCAUCGAUCAGUUUUCAUACAGAUCCUUGACUUUUCUUAAGGCUCAGCCCUUCAUUUACAUGUAAACAGAGUAAUUGUUGGCAGCAGAAAAAUAAAAUUUGAAUUGCGCUCAGUUUUUUUUUGUUUUCAAAUUUACUAACAGAACUCUCAGUACUGUUAGUAUGAUCGCUAAACAUGUUAUAAAUUCAUUUUGA